ACCCACUUUCCACAAUGAACGACGAACAAAUCCGCCACCAGAACUCGGACUUGGGCAAGUCGCCUGUCCGCGGUAGCAACAGCGACCACGACCCUCUCGUCAAGGUCCAGCCUCCUCGCCGUGAGGACUUGCAGCCUUCCUACGCCUCUGUUAUCAAGCCCGACACCGAAGACGACUCCCAACAUGGAUGGUACGGAGGCAUGAUCAACGCCCUUGGUUCCAUCAUUGGUAACCUUGGAGCUGUUCCUUGCUGUGUCAUCUGCCCCAACCCCUACAGACCUGUCUCGCAGGGUAACGUCGGUCUCGUCACCAAAUUCGGUCGUUUUGCUCGUGCUGUCGACCCUGGUCUCGUCAAGAUCAACCCUCUCUCUGAGCAGCUGAUUCAGAUCGACGUCAAGAUUCAGAUUGUUGAGGUCCCUCAGCAAAUUUGUAUGACCAAGGACAACGUCAACUUGCACCUCACCUCCGUCCUCUACUACCGUGUUACCUCACCUCACAAGGCCGCCUUCGGUAUCUCUAACAUCCGCCAAGCGCUUAUUGAGCGUACUCAGACCACUCUUCGCCAUGUCAUUGGUGCCCGCGUUCUGCAAGAUGUGAUUGAGCGUCGUGAGGAGAUUGCCCAGAGCAUCCGCGAGAUUAUUGAGGAUACCGCUUCGGGCUGGGGUGUCGAGGUCGAGUCUAUGUUGAUCAAGGACAUCAUCUUCAGCCAGGAUCUGCAAGAGUCGCUGUCUAUGGCCGCCCAGAGCAAGCGUACCGGUGAAGCCAAGGUCAUCGCCGCCAGAGCAGAGGUUGAAUCCGCCAAGCUCAUGCGCCAGGCCGCCGACAUCCUUUCUUCUGCACCCGCCAUGCAGAUCAGAUACCUCGACGCUAUGCAGCAGAUGGCCAAGUCCGCAAACAGCAAGGUCAUCUUCCUGCCUGCUCCUAACCAGACCGUUCAGCACCAAAUGCAGAUGGCAGACUCCGUUGGAGAAGGCCCUUCUUCUUACCAGGCUAUCGGACAGGGACAAGCACACACCAACAACGACUUCGGUUCCGGCACUGAGGGCUUCCAGAACGCCAUCAACAGCCGCGUAGUCGAGAACAUGUAGAAUGAUCCGCCAUCACCCAGAAUACUGCGUCUCAGCACCCAGACAGAAACCACAGCCGUGUCACCCGGUCCAUCAAUAGGAUAUGGGGGACCUAUGGAUCAGUGGAGUCCCGUCUGAUAAGAGUAUACCGAUCUGCCGAAGGACGAUGCGUUUAUGAUGUUUUAUCGAUACCCCUUUUUUUGUUUUUACCAGUCACGAUGAUGAUGACAGCUGUCGCUUCUAUACCC